AUGGAGAGACCGCUGGGUUUCACCCACGAGGGCGUAGAGAUCAAGAGAUCGUCCUCCGCCACGGUUCCAACGCUCCGGAUGAUCCACCAGCCCACUCCAGGCCAGGGCCAAGGCGAGCAGCAGGACUGCGCAUUGGCUUUCAUGGACCGGGACUUCUGGGUCCGCAAGUGGAGCUUGGACGAUGUCGAGGGCACGGCGUCGGGGAGGCACUUCUUCCUCCCGCGCGACUGGAUCAACCUGGAUUGUUUGCAUCUUGCUCAGGUCACCGCCGACGGCAGGUUUCUGUGCCCGCGGAACGGGGAGGUCGCGGUGGUGCAUAACGGGUUGAGCAGUGUGUUCUUGGCGGACCAGGGUCGAGAGCUCACUGUCUGCAGCUAG